AUGACCACUAACGCAAACAAGACCAUAGUCCUCAUUACAGGCGCCAAUCGAGGGAUUGGCUAUGAAAUUGUCAAGGCACUGCUUCAAACCGGUAGCAGAGGCCCUUAUCAUGUCUAUCUUGGUGCCCGAGACAUUGAGAAGGGAGAAAAAGCAGUAGCAUACCUGACGGCCGAGUACGGCAACUCAGUCUCGGCUGUACAGCUUGACACUAACUCCGCCGAGUCUAUCGACAAGGCAGUCUCAACGGUCAAGUCAGAAGCUGGCCGGCUUGACGUGCUGGUCAACAACGCCGGCAUCAUCUCCGGGGAGAAAGACCGGAUCGCCAACCUCCGCAUCACGCUUGAAACCAAUGUAAUAGCCACGUUCGUAGUCAGUGAGGCCUUCAAGAAAUUGCUCAUCGCGCAGGCCCCCGGCAGUAGGAAGGAAAAGCGCAUUGUCAAUGUGAGCAGCGACUUGGGCUCCAUUGCAUGGCGCUGCGACCCCAACUCCAAAAACUACGAUGUUCCUUCUACCCAGUACCGUAUGAGCAAAGCAGCUUUGAAUAUGAUGACGGCGUGCCAGUCAUAUGAGCUGAAAGAGCACGACAUCAAAGUCCUGGCGUUCAAUCCGGGAUAUACGAUCACCGAGUUGUUCGGGCCAGUGGAACUGCGACGAGAACAGGGUGCUUGGGAGGCAGAUGUUCCUGGCAAGAGCUGUGCCAAUAUCAUUGCGGGCGACAGAGACAAUGAGAUUGGGCAGAUGAUCGAGGUAGACGGCGUCGUGCCUUGGUAA